AUGUCUCCUGCCACCAGCCCACAGGGAAAGGGCCGGAGGGUCUGGAGAGGCUUGCUCCUGCUUCUGCUGUUGCUGCCACUGCUGAUCCCAGGCUCGUGGGCACUACCGGAGGCUCAGCAUCUUCACCGAGUGGCGGGGCAGACGCUCUCUGUGACGUGCCAGUACCCCCCCAAGGGCUGGCCCUACGAGAGGAAGGGUUGGUGUAAGGAGCUGUCGGCGUUCAAGUGCACCAGGCUAGUCACCAGCUCCAGUCCCGGCAGACUGGUUCAGGCCUCUCGAUUCUCAAUCUGGGACAACCCUAGCGCUGGCAUCUUCACUGUCACCAUGACUGGUCUGAAGGAGGAAGACUCAGGACACUACUGGUGUAGAAUCUACCACGCUUCCAGCAACUCUGUCUCUAAGUCCAUAAGAUUCUAUCUGGCAGUGUCUCCAGCUCGUGCCUCCACACAGGCCAUCCGGGCUUCAGGUGAGCUGGUCUCAUCACCGACCCAGAGCUCUGUGCCCCCCACUGGAAGAGCCAGGGAGGCCCCUGGGGCUUCCUCUGCCCUCACCGCCCCUUCACAGCAACAAAACUCCACCCUCCAGUCUCACCCUGCAGCCCCCAGCGCUCUGGUCCCCAUGCUCUGUGUACUGCUUGUGGCCAAGAGCCUGGUGCUAUCCGCUCUGCUUGUCCGGGCUGAGGAUUUCCCAGCCCGGCCUCCUCCCAAGAUCCAGGCCUGCUAG